AUGUGGGUAAAUACGGUGGAAGAAGUGUUAAUUGCAAAGCUGCAGGUGCCUCAUACUGGCGGGUCUGAAGGGUAUAAUGACUGGACACUCAAUAAUGUAGUGUGUGUAAGAUCGUGGCCCAGUUCCGGCUCACAGAGUUUGCACCUGGAGUGCUCGGGAUUGGGAGAGCCGUCACCUGCCACAGACACUAUUGGCACCGUUGACGCUACCGACUCCAACGGCGUCGUUGACGCUACCGACUCCAGCGGCGUCGUUGACGCUACCGACUCCAGCGGCGUCGUUGACGCUACCGACUCCAGCGGCGUCGUUGACGCUACCGACUCCAGCGGCGUCGUUGACGCUACCGACUCCAGCGGCACCGUUGACGCUACCGACUCCAGCGGCACCGUUGACGCUACCGACUCCAGCGGCACCGUUGACGCUACCGACUCCAGCGUCACCGUUGACGCUACCGACUCCAGUGGCGUCGUUGACGCUACCGACUCCAGCGUCACCGUUGAAGCUACCGACUCCAGCGUCACCGUUGACGCUACCGACUCCAGCGGCACCGUUGACGCUACCGACUCCAGCGGCACCGUUGACGCUACCGACUCCAGCGACGUCGUUGACGCUACCGACUCCAGCGGCACCGUUGACGCUACCGACUCCAGCGGCACCGUUGACGCUACCGACUCCAGCGUCACCGUUGAAGCUACCGACUCCAGCGUCACCCUACCGACUCCCAGCGUCACCGUUGACGCUACCGACUCCAGCGUCACCGUUGACGCUACCGACUCCAGCGGCACCGUUGACUCUACCGACUCCAGCGGCACCGUUGACGCUACCGACUCCAGCGGCACCGUUGAAGCUACCGACUCCAGCGUCACCGUUGACGCUACCGACUCCAGCGGCACCGUUGACGCUACCGACUCCAGCGGCGUCGUUGACGCUACCGACUCCAGCGGCGUCGUUGACGCUACCGACUCCAGCGGCGUUGUUGACGCUACCGACUCCAGCGUCACCGUUGACGCUACCGACUCCAGCGUCACCGUUGACGCUACCGACUCCAGCGUCACCGUUGACGCUACCGACUCCAGCGGCGUCGUUGACGCUACCGACUCCAGCGGCACCGUUGACGCUACCGACUCCAGCGGCACCGUUGACGCUACCGACUCCAGCGUCACCGUUGACGCUACCGACUCCAGCGACGUAGUUGACUGUGGGACUCUGUCAAGUUCACCACCCCGUGUGACAAGUUCACCAGGUGGUGAACUCUGCGGUCCUCCUCUGAUGUUCGCCUCCGGACCUGAUUCAAUCAUCUGCCAGAUCCUCCUCCGAAUUUCACAAGGCACAGCCCAGCCAAAUUCUCAGGAUCAUUCUUCAGAUUUUGCACGCAAGUCUAAUGAGUAG